CAGCUCAGGAAAGAAGCAGAUGAUAUGGCAGCUUUGGGAGCGACCAGGUGGAACUUGCUUUGUUAACACGGCCAAACGUUUGAUUAUGAAAACAGUGUGUUUCAGAGACGGGAGCUGCUCGACAUGAUUUACUUAAUAUUGAUUUCCGCGUUCUCCGGGGCAGUCGUUACGUUGAUAUUACAGUUUCUGCUGAUAUACCGGAGAAGCCCCGAGCUCACAGGAAGGACAGUGCAGUAUGUCAAAGUAGUGCCCGAUAACGCAUUGAAGGAUUACUUUAAUACCCAACAUGCCGAAACAGGCCAGCAGCAGCAGGACAACACAGUAUCUGCUGCAUCCAAACAGCAAGAGGCCGUCUCCUCGAGGCAGCAGGAAGCGGCUGUCACCGGCGGCAGCCCCAAACAACAGCCGCCACCGCCUUCUCAAAACGAGCUCGGUGAUGCGGCCAAAGCCGAAACGUGCAAUUUCCUAAAUGCUAUAUUUUUGUUCCUAUUCAGGGAGCUUCGAGACACCCCUGUCGUUAGACACUGGCUCACCAAAAAAAUCAAGGUGGAGUUUGAGGAGCUGCUGCAGACCAAGACAGCGGGUCGGCUCCUGGAGGGACUCAGCCUCCGGGAUAUCUCCCUCGGUAAUUCUCUGCCGGUCUUAAAAACGGCCAAACUUAUGAAGCCAGUCCAUCUGAACGAGGACGGCAUGCCAGAGGAACUCAACUUUGAGGUGGACAUUGAAUACAAUGGCGGCUUUCACCUCGCCAUCGACGUCGAGCUUGUGUUUGGGAAGUCUGCCUACCUGUUCGUUAAGAUGAGGCGCGUGGUGGGUAGACUGAGGCUGCAAUUUACGCGCAUGCCCUUCUCCCAUUGGUCGUUCUCCUUCCUCGAGGACCCGCUGGUGGAUUUUGAGGUUAAGUCACAGUUUGAGGGAAGGCCGCUGCCUCAGCUCACCUCCAUAAUAGUCAACCAGCUGAAACGGGUCAUCAAAAAGAAACACACCUUACCAAACUACAAGAUCAGGUACAAGCCCUUCUUCCCGUUCCAAGUGCAGCCUCUGCUGGGUUCGACUUGUGAUUUGGAGCUGUCAAUCCAAGACAGCAGACUGGUGGAAGGUCGACUCAAAGUCACCCUCAUUGAAUGUAGCAGACUGUUCAUUCUGGGCUCCUAUGACAGAGAAACCUAUGUUCACUGCACCCUGGAGCUGAGCAGCCACCAGUGGAAGGAGAAGACUCGCAGCUCCAUCAAACGGACGGAGGUUGUCAAGGGGCCAUGUGGCAGUGUGGGGAUGACAUUCAGGCACGUCCCUGCCAGCGAGGGGGAUGCAGUGCACGUCAGCAUUGAGACUGUCACACCCAACUCCCCUGCUGCCUUGGCAGACUUGCAGAGGGGUGAUCGUCUCAUUGCCAUUGGAGGUGUCAAAGUGACAUCCUCUGUUCAAGUGCCCAAACUGUUGAAGCAGGCUGGAGACAGAGUAGUGGUACUUUAUGAGAGACCAGUUCGUCACCAGACCCCCUCUUUUGGAAGCCUCGGAACUCUUCAGGAAGGAUUUGGGCAGCUAGAGGAAACUGGUUUCAUUUCCCAGCCAGGUGGUUAUGAGGAGGACCCAGCCCCCAUCACCACCCUUUCCGACAUAUCCGACAGCAAAGACAUGGACUCUGAGUUUGAAGAGUUGAUUGUAGACUCCAAGCCUUUCCAGCCUGGUGGCCCUAACAGUGGCACAACAUAUACCAGUGAUACUAAGGAGGAUUCCUUACUCUCUGUAAACCAAAGCCCCAAAAGGACUGUGGCCAACUUGGCCUCUAAGCCCCUUGGUACCAUAUCACCCAUCCUUAACCGCAAGUUAAAUCUGGUGGGUCUCCAGUCACCACUAAAGCCCCAGCCCAAAGAAUCACCAAAGCCCUCACCACAGAAGUCCAAUAGUGAUCCAGUGGAGGGCCCGCAACGCCCAGUUGUCCCUCCCCCACCUCCUCCCUCUCGCCCCCCAGUGCCGCCAAGACCUCAGAUUAGGUUAACAUCAGCCUCCUCAGAGACCAGUCUUUUAGAAGGCAUUGAUUCUGUUACAACUACUAAUGUUCCUGUUGUUCCUACCGUGACUACCACCAUCAGCACUUCUGAAAAAUCUCCAGAAAAAGCUCCUCCCGCUGGAGCCAGUGAGGACAAGGCUGGCACUGAGAAGACAUGUGUCAAACUGACUGAGGUGAAGCAGUCUAGCAGGUCAGCAGAGUCCAGUGAUGAGCUGCCAGUUCCUCCCACUGUGACCAGCAGUGGCAAAGCUGAUCAAGCAAAGGACAAAACUUCAGAGAGCUCCUGCAGUACACGGGACAGUUUGGAGGACCAUUCCCUCUGGGAAUCCCCAGAAACCAUGUUUCGUAACCAGACAGCACGCUGGCCCAAGGCCUCUGUUGUGUUUGAGGUGGAGAGCAACCAUAAGUACCUUAAUGUGGCCCUUUGGUGCAAAGAUCCCUUUAAGCUGGGCAGUUUGUUGUGCAUGGGUCAUGUGAGCCUUCAGCUGGAGCAUGUAGCCCUGGAAUGCAUGGCCACAUCUUCAGCAGAGUACCAGAGCACCUUUAGGUUGGGGCCUCCAGAGCCCAGAGCUAACGUCAGCCGCACUGCGCUACGCAGCCUCAGCACCCACAAGGGCUUCAACGAGAAGCUGUGUUAUGGAGAUGUUACUCUGAACUUCUGUUACUUAGCUGAGGGGGAGGUAGAGUAUCCAGGAGGGUUAGCAGAAAGGGAACGAGAGGGGAGCCUCAUUGAUGAGGAUCUAAGGGAGAGGGAGCAUAUCCCCACUGCACAGCGUGAUGACUUGGUCUACAGCACCAUGCAAUUAGUGGAGGUUCGUCACAACUUCCAAGACACCCAGUUCCAAAACCCCACGUGGUGUGAAUACUGCAAGAAGAAGGUGUGGACCAAGGCAGCGUCUCAGUGUAUGAUCUGCGCCUAUGUUUGCCACAAGAAGUGCCAGGACAAGUGCCUCACUGAAAAUCCCUUCUGUGUGGCAGCAACUGAACGGCGCGGUGCUGACCCUGAAGCCAAAUCCACCAUUAAUCGGGCCACCACCGGCCUAACGCGCCAUAUCAUAAACACCAGCUCCCGCCUGCUUAAUCUCCGCCAGGUGCCCAAGACUCGACUGGUUGAGCAGGUGGCUGAUGUGGUGCCUGGAGCAGUGGAGCCCUCCCCUAAACAGACACCCAACACAUCAGACAAUGAAAGCAGUGAUACUGAGACCUACACCAGUGGCGCCAGCCCCUCAAAGCAGCCCGUCUGCAGUGGUGGCAGCAGUAAACUAGUACGCAAGGAAGGUGGGUUGGAUGACAGUGUGUUUAUUGCUGUGAAGGAGAUAGGCCGCGACCUGUACCGGGGGCUUCCAACAGAUGAGCGCUCCCAGAAGCUGGAGCUGAUGCUGGACAAGUUACAGCAGGAAAUUGACCAGGAGCUGGAGCACAAUAACGCCCUCCUGCUGGAGGAGAGGGAGGCCACAGAUGCCCGACGCAAGGCCCUAAUUAGUACUGCAUUGGCCAAGUCUGGGGAGAGACUUCAGGCUCUCACUCUACUAAUGAUCCACUACCGGGCGGGCAUUGAGGACCUGGAGUCAGUGGAGAGCACCUCUCCUUCAGAGCAGCAUGCCUUUAAAGGGAAGGGAGAAGGCCUAGAGGAGGAGGCCCUGAUGGGGGCAGAGGUCUAUGACAGUGACAUAUGCAGCCCUGUGGAGGUGCAGCUGCUGGAUGACAUUACCGAGGAGCAGAUCUGUGUGGAGGCUCUCCAUUAAAUUAGACCAGAAAGGAGAGAGAAGAGGAACGUGCUUUAGGCUUGUGCCUACUUACAAAAUUAUGUUCAGUUUGUUUUUUGGAGAUUGGGGAAUUUCAGCAGUCCACUUAAGAUAUUGGGUAUGUUGGGGUCCAGCAUUUGAUUCACAUGUUAUUGUUUUUUUUAUGUGAAAAAGAAAGGAUCGGUAAAGGAAUUUCCUCCCCAAGGGUUUAUGUUCUUGAUGUUUUGAUUUGCACAAUGUAAUGCCAUUUUCAUGCGCCUGAUUUUUAAAGGGAAGAGCUCAACUUUUUAAUCUGCCCUUAGUACUAGUGCUGCAUGUUAAUCCUCCAGGUUUUUUUUUUCUAUGGCUUCAUUGUAAGCAAUAAAUUCAGUUUGCUUCUUGUCUGUAACUGCUCUGACAUAAGGACUUGAGACAGUGUGCACAUUUCUGUCAUCUACUCGUCUGAAUCAUCUAAACUUUGGAGAUGGAAAAUAAUUGUUGAAUAGUUGUUUGCUGUGAGAAACAUGCUCAUAUGAAGGUGACAUAUAUGAGUCAGUAACAGUGUGAAUAUUACCAGGGAGCUAGAGGUUAAGACAUCCACCUCAGUGGAACAUGUUAUUGGUCUGAGGACCCUGCAAGCAGUCAUACAUAUCUUGUGUUUUCAGCACCUUUGUACUGUAAUAUAUUUGGAUUUUAGAAGUGACUCUCCCUGCUCAUAAAGCUUUUUGAGAAUGCCGCAGCUGCAUAAUUCUUAGUGGAAUCCUAUAUAUAGUCUGUGUCUUUCUUUUCUUCUGUUUUUGUGUGUUUGUAUUUAUUGGGCCAAACAUGGUUUACCAUAUAAUGCAUAUUUUUCUUUUACCUUUUUUUUUUUUUUUUGUCUUUCUCAGAACACCUCAUCAACUUCAAAAACUCAACUAUGGCACACUGCUAACAGAUUGAAACUUUCAAGGUGUGCAAUGCAAUGCGAGAAUUACAUAUUUGACUUUUUUGAUAAAUCUCUGAAUGAAUGUUAUUUAGAUGCUCUCAUUAUAUAAAAAUUCUGUGGAAUUAGAUUUGUCUCAAUAUUAUUUGUGUCAGCAAUUGACAAUCUGGUGGUAGGUGUGUAAUCUCUAAAUAUAAAACUCCUUCCACAAAUACUAAAACAAGAUUUGAAAACUCAAAAAAUAUUUUGCAAAUAUAAAACAGAUUUACAAAUACACAAAUUCACAAAAAUGAAUCUUUGAAUACAUUAAAUUUAUUUACCAUUAAUUGAAAAACAGAUUGGAACAUCUUCUUAACAUAUACAACUUUUAAAUAGAUAUUUCUGAAUACAGUUUUUAUUUUUGAAUCUCAAUUCUAUGCUUGCAAUUUACAUCAUUUACCUUUUUUUGUGUGUGUGUAUUUGCAGGUCUGUUUUAUAUUUGCAAAAUAUUUUUGUGAGUUUACAAAUAUUCUUUUCAAAAGAAUAUACAAAAAUUGUAUUUAGGGAAGUUAUUUUAUACAUACAAAUUACACAUAUACUAGGGUUGGGAAUCACCAGAGUAUCUACAAUAUGAUAUUAUCACAAUACUUAAGUCAGGAUACAAUAUUUUUGCAAUUUUAAAUAUGUUGUGAUACAUUGCAAUUAAUAACCCCUUUUUCAAGUGUAAAUUAUGUCCUCAAAGGAAAACUUUGUCAACAUCAAAAUUUUUAGUCAAAAAGCACUUGAUUAUAUUAUUCUAAUAGACUACCUAAAGUUCAAUUUAUAUUUGUAAUAUUGCAAUACUAUAGUAUGCUGUAUCGAUCGCCCCCCCCCCCGUAACAUACAGACAGAUCGUCAGACUGCUUGUACACAUAAUAUUGAGACGUCUAACGCCAUAAAAUUUCCCCAAGUUUAGUGUGUGUGUGUGUGUGUGUGUGUGUGUGUGUGUGUGUGUGUGUGUGUGUGUGUGUGUUAAUGAAGAUGCUUUCCAUGCUUCAAGAUGUUACAGUGUGAUUGAGUGCAAAUCUUUUGCCUUCAUGAGUUGUUUUCUUGCCCAAAAGAAUGUUAUUGAGCCCUCUCUGUGUUGUGUGUACAGCUGUUUGGCACUGCCUUCCCACAUUUCCUUGCUGAGUAUUAAUCUUACCUGUUCCAGUGAUUCUAUCAUAAGCAGAAACAGCUCUAAAAUGCUAAACUCUUCUACAUCCUGAGAGAGCCACUGGAGAGGAUUGUUUGAAAGUAUGGAACAUCGUAAUGUCACGUACCUUAUGGAAAUCUAACCUAAAAUACUUAACAUUUUCUUAAUCUGUUUGAUGGUGAUGUUUUUUUCUUUUUUUUUUUUUUUUUUUCCCUGUUGGUUAUUUUGCCAAUCAGUGACACGUCACAUGCUUCCAGCACAAAGACAAAUUAGUCAUUAUUCAUUAGUGGGUACUCAUUGAGACUGCUAUCAACAGCAGUCAGCAGGUUUUGGUAUCACACUGGGCUCACCCUAGAUGCUGAAAUGCCACCUUUUUCCAUUGCGUACUGCCUGCUUGCUUUUGCUGCCCAUGUUAACCAACUGGGCUGUUCACACUGGAUGCGGCGCAGCGCUAAUCUCUGUGGCCAGCUUGCAAUUUGUAACGAUAGUUUCAGCAUCUGGUCUUUCUUUUUCCGAGAGCCACAACUGAACCUAGCAAGAAAACACUGAAAAAGUUAAACAAUAAAAAGUGUAUAUUAAAUAUGAUAAUAAUACAAGAAUAAAUGACAGAAUACGCAUCCUAUGCUUCCACAUAUUUGCCAGUUGUGUCUAAACAGAGAGGGAGGAGUGGAACCACACAUACUCACACACAUGCAGACAGAGACGAAGCUCUACAUUUGAUUUAAACAGAGCAGAGAGCAGAAUCACUUGCUGACCUGCACAGAAAAAUGCGUUUCUGGUGUGAACGGCCAGGCAACUGCACAAAGGUGGCUGCGCAGCAAUUAACAAAUCGGGCACUACCACGUCCAGUGUGAACCCGGUGUCAGUCGUCAGAAUUGUGACCCUCAGACAGGGAGAACUCAAAGGAGACAUGCAAGUAAAGGGCCAACAUUCAAUUGAAGUGGUCAAAAACAGCCGUGCAUUAACAAAAUUAGAUGAUGAAACAUCUGAGGGCUUACUAGAUGCUACAAUGCUAUGCAGCUAUAAAUAGUACAAAAAAGGAUUUUUUAAAAUAUGGACAGUUAUCACAGUAGCAAUUAUUAUAUCACUGUUCCUGACAGUCGUGGAAAGAAAAGUAGAACUACGCUGUUCAUCUAACAAAGUAUUCUUUUAGCAAAUUAGGGCUUAAACAAAAUGAUUAACCAGCAUCUUCCCAGAUGACUUUGCGUUGCAUUAAGGCCAAAAUUUAACCACUUUAAACUUUUUGCUGGAAAACCUGCACCUCUGCAACACAUUUGGAGUAGCCUUGUUCAACUUUAUAGGGGGGUUUGUUUUUUCUUGUUGUGCUGAUGGCAGCCUGAAUGCCAAACACCUUUAUAUAACUUCUCUGUGGGUUGUUGAGUAGCAUUUUGGGACUUCUCCAGAAAAUCCAACAGCCACCCAAGAUAAAGAGGGUAUGUGGCUGGUGAUGGACUAGUGGGCUUCCAUUUUGACGAUCUACUUCACAAAAUCAGUCACCUGUAAUGAGCAUGGCAUAGGGCCCGACGAUAUGGCUUAAAAUAAUAUUGUGAUAUUUUUGGGCUAUAUCGUGAUACACAAUAUAUAUCACAGUAUUUUAAAAUCUCCUCAAGUACUGUCGACUACUCAAAUACAAAAUUAAUAUAUGAACUACAGUUACAAUAAAGUUACAUAAGUAGCUACUGUCAUGAUAAAGUUGAAUAAAAUACUGACAUAAUGAAGUUGAAUUAAGUAUUGUUAUAAUUAAAUCAAAGAGGAACCACUGGUGCUUUUAUUUUGAAGCACCUGGCUCAUCUAGGUGUGGAAGUGUUGAUGUUUUUGCUGUGAACUUGGAGCUUCAGGUCAACAGCCAGAUGUUAGCAGUUAGCACAAAGUUAAACUGUUGCCACUGCGCCUUUAAACGUUAGAAUUUAUUCACUUUGAGCUGGAAACAAACUCACAGCUCUCCAGUCUAUAUAUUAAUAACGCAGUAGUGCCCCAUGGUCACAAAAUGUGACUAAAUAGUCACGGUGUGGAGCCUUACAAGUACAAAGACCCACGCUUCCUCUGCUCAUGCUAUCAUUGAUUUCAUUAAGUUAAACUGUUACUGUGGCACUGUUAAACGUGAUGAUUUAUUCACUGUGAGUUGGAUGUAUACAAACAGCUCUCCAGUCCAUAUAAUAUUAUUUGCAAGUCACAGUGGUGCUCCAUGGUUGCAAAAUGUGACUAAAUAUUAGUGUUCUGGGGACCUGCAUAUAAAAGACAUGCUGACACACCAUCGCUCAGGAGAAAGUGACCUGGAUAGGUGGAGUGUGUGUGUGAUGCAUCAUGAUUGUGAGUCUUUAUGUGUGUGUGUCUGUUAAGAAUGAGAGAACCGAAGAAACCCCAAAGCAAGUCUCAUGCCAAUGGCUAAAAAAAAAUAAUGAGACCAUUCAUACUUGAUGUUUGCAAUAUAGUAAUUUAUAUAUCCCACCUGGAACAAUCUGGGAUAUAUGCGCCCCCCCCCCCCCAGCAUGGAAGGAAGUGAUGAGGAAACAUAGCCUAUAACAGUUUAUAAAGUCAUCUAAAUAAAAUGUGUUUUUGUCGUAUCAUAUUGUUUGCUGAUGACCCAAUGGGCAGUGUUCUGUGGCCUGGUGCCAGUACUUUAGAUAUUGCAUAAAGUUCAAAAACAAGCUGAUGGAGGAUUUAACUCAUACAAAAAUAAAAACAAAAAAACAUCACCCAAACUGCAUAGAACAUCGUUGAGGUCUGAGUUAGCUGAGAGUAGUUUUUUUUUUUUUCUUAAAUGUAAUUCUAAAAGGACUUGUCCACACUAACAAGAGAAGUUAUCAACCAGACUCUGUGGAAGCAAAGGCACAUUUCUGUUCUUUUCUGUGUGAUAGAUAUGUGGCCCAUGUAGAUAUUGGCUUACUGGCUGCUAUACUUGUCAGCCUCUGUAUAUCCAGAUUUUUGUGCAAUAUUUUUGUAAGAAAUGAAGUUGAUAAUCAGGAAUGAAUCCCCUUUUUUCUUUUUAAAAACGUGAUCUGUGUGCCCACCGUCUGUAGUGUAACCUGAGGGUUUCUGGGGACCAAUGAGAACCUGAAUGGUGGAAUUCACUCCAUAAACCCCUCUUUUGGCUUGAGAGGCACUGCUUUUGCUGCUACUGCUGUUGUUACAAUGUGCUCUUCCACAGAGCUCACACGCUUUUAAACCCCCCCACCCCCUCCUAACCUUUGAAACUGCACUUACAACAUGACCUGUUGAGAUGGUGUUUGUUUCUCUUUGUGUAUGAGGGAUGUUGUACGCAGUUUUUGAGAAGGCCCAUGUGAAGAAGCUUUAUUGUACAUAACCUAAAUAAACAAGCUGAAAUGAA